CCGGCAUUCGACAUCCUGUGGACGGAAAGCGCGGAGGGACAAAAGAGAAUCGGAAACGUUAGGGUUGAGUGAAGUGGAGACUUCCGCUUAGCAACGUCUUGUUUGGCCCCUCCCCCUAGUAACAGAGGAUAGAAGCGGAGAAGCCACCAUGGCUCAGACAGCGGAGGGAGCGUUCGUCCUGCACGGGAGGAAAGCGGCGCUCAGAGAGAAGCCAUAUGAAUUUGUCAGCAAUACACAGAAGACCACAAGCACCCACAAUCUCAGCUUCCAAGGGUCCUCGAACAGUCGCAGAAUACAUGGCAGUCAAGGCGGAGGACACGCGUUUUCUGAUGACUCAAACGGUAACACAUUGUCUUCGUAUGCCAAAGAGAAUCUCUCCAUCGAUGACCUGGAGGACAACUUGAGGAAACUCAAAGUACAGGUGGACAGUUUGGCUUCUAGCCUAAAUUUUGAAAGCAAAAGAUCAAACGCCAGUAUCCACGAGUGGCCAAAGAAAAUGGAUGACUCCUUGUAUGAUGAUCUCCGUGAUCCAGGACUGGACUCUGACUGGUUUUUGACAUUAAGUCAUCUUAAAAAACCACAUGAAAUAUUUUCUGCUGUACAGAGUUCAGGGCUACCUACGUUUUCUAAGUUCUCCUUUAGUGGUCCAGUUGUCCACGGUGCAACCUCCACAUCUUUGAUCCCAUCAGACAUUGCUUAUAGAGAAUCCAUCCCCAUGAAGCUUGGUGCUCCUCACGUUAUUGGAGUUAAAUCCUUAUUACCUCCUAAGAUCCCUGUACGUUCUCGUUCUCCUGAAAGAACUAAAGUCUCCACCGUAAGAGGAAGAUCUCAGUCCCUAGACCGUUCCCAUUCAUUCUCCCCCGCCUCAAAGAAAACCAGAUGGCUGAGAUCACGUUCUCAAUCCCCUAAGCCCAUCUGGAGGCCAAACUCUGCCAAAGCCAACGCCUGUGCUCAACCUCCGCCAAGAGUGAAAUCCAGCGGCAAGAUGUCGUCUUCCAACAGGCAGUCACGCUCGAGGUUCUACAGACCAGGAACUUUGGUUACUAGGUCCUUCACGCCCCCGAGGAAGAUCAAAAGCAGCCUGAGUUAUUCAUGGUCUCCUUACAGUAUUCCAUCAUCUGCAAUAUCGGCACCAACUGCAGAAGAGAUCAGUGACAGAUUCUUGAAGACCUUGGCAGGGGCAGAUGUGGGAGCUUCUGUAGUAGAUGCCUCACCUUAUCAGCAGGAGCUCACGCGGUUACGACUGGAGCGGCUCCGGGUGGAAGAGGAAUUGUUGCUGGAGAUUAAAAGGCACCAAGAGUUGGAAAGAACCCGAGGACCAAAGCCAAAGUGGUAUGAGAUGAAGAACUCUCAGUUCCAUUACGAAGCUCGUAAGAAUAAUGAACUACUGAAGACAAGUAAGGAUUACCAAUCCAUCUUCAAUUACCGGCAGGAUCUCGCCACCUCAUCCAAGGAUUUUCUGCAGCACUUUAAGGCUACACACUUUGAGCCGGUGUAACUUGAAUCCUCGUUUGCAGCAAAUUAG